GGAAGAUGGAGAAAAUUGGAGCAUGGGAAAAAGGCAGCUUGUGUGUUUUGCUCGAGUGCUACUACAGAGGAGGAAAAUAUUGGUCUUGGAUGAGGCCACGACAUUAGUAGACACAGCAACAGACAAUGUAAUUCAAUGGAGAAUCAGAGAAGAAACAAGCCGGUGCACGGUCAUAACAGUGGCCCAUAGGAUACCCACCAUCAUCGACAAUGACCUUGUUCUGGUUCUCGAUGAAGGCAAGGUUGUUGAGUAUGAUUCGCCAACUGAGUUGCUCAAAAACAAUUCUUCUGCUUUCUCAAAGCUAGUAAUGGAAUUCAAGAUGAGGUCUUCUAGCGGUAACAACCAUUGGGGUCUGCCUUGAGAACCGUGGCAGAGACUACCCAUGAAGCUCAAUCAAGUUUCACUAUGUAAAAGUCAGACACAAAAAAGGGGUUUCAACCAGUUCAAAGUAAAUAAUAUACCAAGAUGAUUGUUAAUUGUAAAAAUAUUACCCUUAUAUUAUUUUAGUGAGAGAUUCUUUAUGAAUUUUCUAUAA